UUAUUCGUUCCCAGAAAUCUCAUCUCAUCUGCUCCAAAAAUCUAGAGAGAGAAAGUAAGGCUUAUCUCUCCGCGAACUGCGAACCUCUUUGCGGUUGUGUUUCUCUCACUAUACGUAUAGGCGGAUGGUUGUAUGUAAACCCUAAUUAGGAAGGGGAGAUUGUGAGAGUGGUGGGAGAGGGAGGGGGGCAGGCGAUGGUGCAGAGGAGGAAGCGUGGAAAUCGAGGUGAAAAUCGGAGGCUCGGAAACCCUAACUCGAAGCAAAACGUUGACUCGCGGCGAGAAUGCGCAUGGCUCCUGAGGAAGACGGCGGGAACUCGAAGCCUAACCAUCACAAAACGCCGCCGGCGCCGGCGACUCAGCAGCAAGUGAAGAAGCGGCGGCCGAGCUGGUCGGACGGCCAGCUGUGGUUGAACAAGGGGGAUGCUCAGCAAGCUCUCAGGAAUGUGGUUACGAAACUGCGGUUACAGUCUCUGUCCAACUCGACGACUCCGCCGUCCGAGCCCGACUCGGAUUUCCAGACACUCGAGGAUCCGGAUCCGAACCGGCAGUGCUCCGACCCGGAUUAUACUUCUCUCCUUUCGGACGAGCUGUUGUUGAAAGUGCUCUCGAGGCUUCCCGAGUCACAGCACAUUUCCAAUUCAUUGGUUUGUAAGCGGUGGUGUAAGCUCAGUGGGAAGCUGGUUCAAUCGAUUAAGCUGUUGGAUUGGGAAUUUCUCGAGUCAGGGAGGCUUGUUUUCAGGUUUCCGAAUUUAAUCGAUAUAGAUAUUCUUCGAGCUUGUGUGAAACUAGGGCGGAAUUCCAGUAUUUUGAUAUCACAUAGGUUAGUAUCAGUUCACUUAGAUUCAAGUUCUUCUAACGGCGGGUUUGUGAGGAGAGAGGAUAUUUUGAAUUGGGAAGUAGUCGAUGGAGGAGUCAAGAUUCUGGUAGAGGGCUGCGCCAAUCUAAGGAGAAUGGUUUUGAUUAAUACCAGCGAGGAGAGCUUGAAAUGUGUGGCUGAUAAGUGCGAGACCUUGCAGGAACUGGAAUUGCAUUGCUGUGAUGAUUUCUCUCUGAGAGGGAUUUCAGGGUGCAAGAAUUUGCAGAUUCUGAAGCUGGUUGGUUGCUUAGAUGGGUUUUACAGCUCCAUGGUUUCGGAUAUCGGUCUGACAAUUGUGGCUCAGGGUUGCCGGCGUCUCUUGAAGCUCGAGCUCGUUGGAUGUGAGGGAAGCUAUGAUGGGAUCAAAGCUGUAGGACAGUGCUGUCUUAUGUUGGAGGAGUUGACACUUUAUGAUCACAGGAUGGAUGAUGGAUGGUUGUCGGCAUUGUCGUAUUGUAGCAAUUUGAAAACAUUGAAGCUUCAGUCUUGCAAAAACAUGGAUUUGAGUCCCGGUCCCGAUGAGCAUUUGGGCUCUUGUCCUUCUCUUGAAGAGUUGCAUUUGCAGCGUUGUCAAUUGCGGGAUAAGCAAGGCCUUAGAGCAUUGUUUCUAGUAUGCAUGUCUGUCCGAGAGCUUGUAAUUGAGGAUUGUUGGGGAUUAGACAACAAUGCAUUUGCCUCGGCCUGUAUAUUGCGGGGUUUAAGAGUCCUCUCGUUACAUGGAUGUUCACUACUCACAACUGAAGGACUGGAUUCAGUGAUUGAAUCUUGGCGGGAGCUUCAACGGCUUAGAGUAGUCUCGUGUAAAAACAUAAAAGAUAGUGAAAUUACACCAGCCCUAGCAACGCUAUUUUCUACUCUCAAAGAGUUGAAGUGGCGACCUGACUCUCGGUCUCUGCUCUCAUCGAGUCUUGAAGGGACAGGCAUCGGACAGAAAGGCGGUAGAUCUUUCCGGUGGAAAUAAAACUGAAGUGUCUCCCUACCGGACGCAAAGAAACAGCAAUAAUCCUAGUAUCCUUAACAGAUUUUUCAUGCAUACCUUGAUGAAAGCAGUUGAUUUGAGCAUACACUGACAGAAUUGAGACUUGUUGCAGAGCAUCUGCUGCAAUGAACUUACUCAGUAUGCAUGGUACUAUGAAAAUCUUUGGUAAUCAACAAAAGAUGUUUUGGUUUAAUUUAGGGAUGGUAGGCCAUUACAUUUUUAAUGAGUAUUUGUAUAUUGGGUAGCCUUUGUACCAAAUCACAGAGUUAACUCUGCUAAUGUAUCCUAGUUAUUUAGCUAGCUAGCUAUUUUCUAUUCAUCCAGAUCAUUUUACACACUAGAUUUUCUAGUUGGAUACAUAUACUGGAACUAUGAAUAAAUGAAUGCAUGUUAUACAAUUUCUCCCUUUA